GAACGCAAGUUUUUUUUUUUUUUAGCAGCUGGUUUUUCACCAAACAGCAAAUACCUAGUUUGAAUGCGUGAUCAAUCACAUUGAAAGCUGACAAAUCGAAGCGACGCAGUCAGUACUUUUUGUUCGUGACUUUACACUAAAGUAAAAAAAAAAAAAAAUGCGAUUCGUUUCGAUUCAUCGUCAUUUUCACUAUUUCUCCAUGGUUGCCAUUAUCUCUUGCUGUUAUAUCAUGUUACUAAGAACGUCUUCCAAAAACGACGCCGAAGACAUCCGCGAUCAGCCAGAGCAGCAACUAGUGGACGUUAAAAACGAUGCGAUCAUUGAGUUGAAAAAUGAAAUUCGCGUAUUGCCUUACUUAACACCUGCUGUCAAGGUAGAAAUCCAGCAACCUGUAGCAGAUGUCUCAUCAAAGAAAAUUGAUAGGAUUGAAAAUUUACCAGCGAUGGGAGCACCGUCCACUCAUCCAAACAGAACACUCAACUGGCUCGAUUUGUGGUCCAAUGAUACGUUAUGCAAUCAGUUCACAGUUCAUCUUCUUGAAGAAAACAGUGUUCAACCUCGGGCUUUGGUGUCUUUCCCUGGAAGUGGAAACACUUGGUUGCGUAUGUUGUUGAUGGGCGUGACUGGCCUGUACGUCGAUACCAUCUACCCGGGCGAUGAGCUUUUCAUUUCCAAAGCUGGGGGCACGUACGAAUUAAACAAGGACUGCAAUUGUCCUUUGCUACAGAAGACUCACGAUGUGUCGCUUUUCUCUGUGAUUUAUAACAUGGCAAUGGCCAACAAAUCGACUGAAAAGCGGAUCCACCAGGAGAUUGACCAAUUCCGCGGAGAUGGAAUCCUCGUCAUUCGCAAUCCUUUUAAGGCUAUCUUGUCUUAUCGGAACUUUGCCUUCGGUGGAAACAUGGCCGGUCUGGUUCCAGUCGAAGCUUUUUCUCAAGGACUUGAACCCGUACGAAUUGGAGACCGCAAAAUAUCCACGUGGGAUCAGUUCAUCAGUCGCAGCGUCGCUAGUUGGGAAAUGUUGGCAACAGUUUGGAUCAGAGGAUUGAAACGCGGGGGCGUCGUCUACUACGAGAAACUGCGUCGGGACACGGGUCCGCAGCUGUUGCGGAUGGUCGAAAUGCUGGGCAUUUCAAACGUGAAUAAAGAUCGACUAGACUGCGUGCUUCGUCACAAUCAGGACAACACAUUUAAACGGAGUGAAUCUGGUCCGAAGAAUUAUCCAAAGAACCCAUUUACGGAGAGCCAACAUUUGCAAAUAUUGAAAGCUAUUCAAAGCGUGCAAAUGGCAUUGAAAGAACGAGGGCUGGACCCUUUACCUGUCGAGAUGUACGAUUUCUACACGCCAAUGUACCAAUAUGGUCAUUGGAAGGGCUACGCACUGGCUUAAAUGUUUUGAUUUUAUUUUGUGUGUUUUUAAAAGCUCUUUUUCUUAAUUUCGAGCUUAUUGGUGGGAGCGCUUCCUAAUCGAAGAAUGAAAAACAAAAUUUACGUUAACUAAAAUAGUGUGAAAUUGUUGCUAGUUGUUGUGUAAUCUCAAAUUUUGAUAUUCAAAAAUUACAUGUUGUGUCUUUUUUA